UUUCACCCGUCUAGCAAUAAAUUCAUUGGGUUUGGCUUCCAUUCACUAUAUAUGUACAUAAAUACAACCGGAACUGGGUUCGUGAUUUAACUGCACUUUAUAUUUUCUGCAAAAACCACGCCUAUUCGACAAUUUAAAAAAAAAACAUUCUGAAUAUUUAUUAGUAACUGACUUUUUUGAGUGUUUGUUAUUGUUGUGUCGAUAAGAUACGAAUUUUGUAUUAAACUAGACAACCAGUUCAUGUCCACUCUGUUGCCCAUCCACCCAUAUCAAAUUUCCCCUUACGCAACGACAAGAAGACGAGCAGGCUGUUGCGGACUAGUGUCGGAAAAGAAAGCAAUUUGCAUAACGGCAGCGUUCUCAGGCAGAAGUGAAUUGUGCUCCAAAUUCCUUCAGCGUCGUUUACAUACGACUUCUUCUCCGAAACAAAAGUGCGUAACAAGCAGCAUUUCUAAAAUACUUAUAGGACAAUAAUUCUACUUGUAUCGCUUUCACUUCCGCAUAAACGACGCUGCACACAUACAAUAAACACAUACUUAAACAUUUUGGGGGAGUCUCUCAGAGGGAAACUAAACACGCGGACCCAAUGAAUAUGCACUUGUGUAAAUUGGUAGACAACAAAAAAUGUCAAGCCGUUGCACGAAAACAAAUUUCAAGUCAAAAUAUUCUCCUACUCAGAAAUGGGGAGGAGGAACAAUGCAAUGGUAUAAUCUCGAUGAAACCAUGUAAAUACACGAGGAUACCGGAUACAAAUUCACAGAGUGUGUAACUUGCACCACAUAAAUUACAAAAUGCGACAUUUAAUACCGAGUCUUUAAACGAAGCAAAUUUCCAUAAAAGCCCUUCUAGAAAACUAUACACUGCAUAUCCGAUCUAUUAAAUUACAGGAAAAUGGAUAAAAUUGAAAACUGCAUUUAUGGCUUCUCAAUCCGUUUUUGCACAAAUGGGACUUCCUAUUUGAAUUUCUAUCCCAAACCAGAUAUAGAAUUUUGUGUUGUUAUUAUUAUGUAUGCAUCACAAACAUGGAAGCAACAGAGGUAUGGAGCUUGGAGAGAAAUUUCACUUAAAUCAAUGGAUUGCUGCAUAGCCACCCAGUUAUCGCUUGCCAUAUUGAGACAAAACUUUCGCAUGGGGAAAGCGAUUAAAGCAAUGAGCAUCCUAUUGUGAAUGUAUUUAGGAAAGCAUAUGUAAAUAGACAUGUGUAUCCCGAUAAACUUGACUUUCUCAAGUGAAUAACGAUGCGGAAUGAGAUAUGCAUGCUUCAGAACAUCAAAAUCACUCAGCUUGAAAAUGAUGCGACUUAUCACCCUGUGGAAGCUAAACAUGCAGGGCUAUCCAGGACUUUGAAAAAAACGGACUGCACCCACCAACAACCAACCAACACUUAAUGGAGUAGGAAACCGUGUAGUGAUGAAGAUCACUUUGCGUUGCGUAUAUGCACAUGAACACAAUACGUAUAAAGUUGGGGAAAGUGGAGAAAUCUCUCAGUCGGGACUCAGGCUUGCUUCUAUCGAACAACAACUUUCCCCUCCGCCCACACAUCCACUUUUACUUAAGUAGAUGUACAUAAGGAAUCCCACUGUCAUUUCUGGGAUUCAAGUACAGUUUCCAUUUAUUUCAACAGAUAAUACUUUAAUUGUGUGCGAAAUUACAGGCAUAAGUUCCACAAAUAUAGUAUUAAAUUAAGGCUAAAAAUAUAUUUCGGUCCCGUCUUUCUCGUGUCAUUAUUUUAUCGAGGGUACAAAAUAUAUCUGUACUUUUACGAGAAAUGUGAGACCUUCUUAUACACCUCGUGUCUCUCAAUCUUAAACUCAACAGGUACGAACAUAAAUAUUUAAUUAAGUUACCAGGCCCUGUGGACCAUGCUUUUCUACACAUAUUGACCUUUAUCUUCUCAAGUGUGUGCGGGUGGUACCUGGAAAUAAAAAUCGGAUCCAAACUUCAUAUUAUACAAGACACUCGCAUCUGCACUUACAGAGGAAAUGUGAUACCUGAAGUGGCAAACAAAAUGGAAAGCACUGUUCUUCUCAACCUGAUUCUAUUUAUACAACUCGUCAUCAUCUCCACGGCGAAACCUCGAACGCCCACAACGUUCGGACCCUUGCACGAGCCACAGUUCCUGAGCCGCAUGGAUAGAUUUUGGGAAGGAAAUGAAACGAUAUGGCAAGUACAAUUUCGAGGUCAAGGGUCUCCCAAAUUAAUCCUGGAUUUACGUCUCGGUUUCAUCAUGGGAUCCAGUAGAAAACCAGGUGAUGAAGAAUAUUCUCGCCCAGGUCUCACAAUUGCUGGGGGGUUGAGCGCCGCCCUCUCAGACUUGUAUAAAGAGCGAGACUUUUUCGGAAGACAUGUGCAAGUCAACUUUGACCUCAGAGUGGGGGAAACGUUCGGCGACGAGGAAAGGAGUAUCAAAGCAGUCGCUACGUUCUGGAAGGAUUGGAAUGUGUCGCUCAUCAUCGGGCCGCAGGAGUCGUGCGUUCACGAAGGGCGUCUCACGGCUUCCUUGAACAUUCCAAUCAUCUCCUACUUCUGCAGUGACGAACAAACAUCAGACAAACGCCACUUUCCCACCUUCAGCAGAACACGGCCACCAGACGCUGCAAUUUCAAAAGCUGUGGCGUCUCUUGUUUCAACUUACGGAUGGAACGAAUCGGUAACCCUGAUCUACUCGGACUCUCCCGAUGACCAAAGGGCUAAGCGAGUAGCAAGAGGGUUGUCGCUGCUGCUUAGCGCUCACACCCAAAUUCCUUACAAGGGACCUUACCAUCAUGGCUACGGGGACAAUCCAUUCGACUCAAUUGUUGCUCGGACCAAGGAUACGACUCGUAUUUACAUCAUUACUGCCGAGUACUUUGAACAUCUUGGACUUUUACUUGCCCUAAAAAAGCACAAUCUCUUAGAAAAAGGCGAGUAUUUGGUGAUCGGAGUGUCGAUGGAUGAUUACAAAGACGACGUGUGGAACGCCCGAAGAUAUUUUAAAGGACUGCUCACUGACGAAAACGAGACUGAUGAAGCUCCCUUUGCGUUCAGGUCAUACCUUGGAAUACUGGCCUCACCACCACGAAAUUUUACAGAAUUUUCACGUCGUGUCAAUUACUGGAUGGAACAGGAACCUUUCGAGUUCAAGAAUCCUUUAUCAAAGCUCGGAGGGAUGAAGAACAUCCGGAUCGAGGCAGCUUAUCUCUACGAUGCUGUAAUGCUAUAUGCCCACGCCAUCCAGCAAAUUAUUGUGGAGGAGAAAGCUCGUUUACGAGAAGAGGGAGGAUUAUCCAACACUCAGGUCGAGUGGUCCCUGGCUCUGUCUGAACUCGUCAAGAACAAAGUGCUGGAUGGACGAGGGAUUUCCCGAAGGCUGAGGGACAUACGUUAUCAAUCCGCCACAGGACAUGAGACCAAGAUGGACGAGAACGGAGAUGCCGAGGGAAACUUUACGCUUAUCUCAUUGAAAAAUAAGGGAGGCGUCUUGGGCCUAUAUCCCGUCGGACUCUUUCUCAGAUCCUCGUCACAGCUGCCGGAACUUGCCCUGUUCGACAAGAUCGACUGGUUGGGUGAAAAUCCCCCAGUGAGUGAACCUCCAUGCGGAUUUUUUGGUGAAAAAUGUCAACGGGACACAAACAGACUUUGGACCCUUGCCACCCUCGUUCUAAUUCUCACCAUUGUAAUGGGAGGAGUCUAUCUGGUGUUUCGACACUGGCGACUUUCUCGAGACAUGGACACCCUUCUUUGGCGCAUUGACAAGAAGGACAUUUCCUGGGAAUCGGGGACAAUGUGCCCUUUUGUGGGGGGCAGGGCUUGCACUGGGAGUCAGGCUUCACUAGCUCGUUUCUCCACUCUUUUUGCACCCUUGGUUCAAUAUCGAGAACGGCAUUUUGCAGCCAAAGCGAUCUCCAUUGGACAACUUGACAACAACAUGAAACACCAACUGAAACUCCUGCGAGAAAUCCGACACGAGAAUCUUCUCGGGUUUAUCGGCGCUUGCUUGUACGAAGAGAGUCUCGUUCUGAUAAGCGAGUAUUGCUCUCGAGGGUCGCUGAAGGAUAUUCUGGACAAUGGGGACCUCAAGUUGGACGACAUGUUCAUCUCCAGCUUGGUCGGGGACCUGCUCAGAGGUCUAUCUUACCUUCACGACUCUUCACCAUUUCGAGCUCAUGGAAACCUGAAGCCGACCAACUGUCUCAUCGACUCCCGAUGGAACCUCAAGUUGGGUGAUUUUGGUCUCAAACGUUACGAGUUUGCAUUCGGGUCAAAGGCCAGAACUGAGAGUCACACCUACGUCAGCGGUGUGGUGGGGGCUCCGGGAGCUUCGGCGAGUCAAAACCAUGGCGCCACCCGAGCUUCGUACACUUUCACCUCCAGUUUCACCUCUCAUCACACCAAUUCUCAUCACCACCACCACCACCACAAUCACAGCAACAGUUUAGGAAAUCCAGGAGGAGGAUGCCAAUUGAAUAGCUGCCCAUUCUUCAUCACGAGCCCGUACCUUCCUCCAGAGUAUCCUCUGCACCCAAAGCAGCGUAACUCAAAAAGUGGGGCAGAAGGAUACCGGAAGGGAGAUAUUUACUCAUUGGGGAUCAUCCUCUGGGAGUUGCUGCGUCGUCAGACUCUAGCCAACUAUUUGGGUCUUCGGGAAGAAUUAGAAAUUCGAGAGAUUGUUUGCAAAGGGCAUCCAUCGGCUCAAUCUCUUGAAAUUGUGGGCAAGGAAAAAUUCCAGGAUUUUAGUGGUGGAGACAGCCCACGCGAUCCGUUUUGGCCGAGAGCCUUGGCCCUCAUUACGGAAGAGAGUAGCACCCUUUCCUCAGAAGGAAACAAGACUGGUUGGGCAAGUCAACUGGGUCAGAUUAAGGAGUGCAUCGCGGACUGUCUUCGCUUCGAACCAGAUGCCAGGCCGGAUGUGAAAUCUGUGAGGAAUCGGUUGCGACCACUGCACAAGGGAAUAGAUAACCCACCUGACAUCAUGAUCGGACUCAUGGAAAAAUAUGCCAAUAAUCUAGAGAUUUUGGUGGAUGAAAGAACAAAACAACUCAGUGAGGAAAAGCGAAAAACUGAAAGUCUGUUGUACGAGCUGAUUCCAGUAUCUGUAGCAGAAGAGCUGAAAGAAGGGCUUCGCGUCCCUGCACAGAAUUACGACUCUGUGUCCAUUUACUUUUCCGAUAUAGUGGGUUUCACAUUGAUGUCUGCCCAGUCAACCGCCCUCCAAGUGGUUGAGUUUUUGAAUGAGCUAUACACCUGUUUCGACUCUGUGAUAGACAGCUUUGAUGUAUACAAAAUCGAAACAAUUGGCGAUGCUUACAUGGUCGCAAGUGGAGUUCCAGUAAUUCGAGAAGGAAAUUACCACGCAGUUGAAAUGGCAAGAAUGGCACUGCAAAUUUUACAAGCUGUCACCAACUCCUCCGCUGUCAAAAUGCGUCAUCGUCCCCAUGAAACUGUCAAGUUGAGGAUUGGCAUCCAUUCUGGUCCGAUUUGCGCCGGUGUGGUAGGAUUAAAGCGCCCGAGGUAUUGCUUAUUUGGAGACACGGUCAAUACUGCGUCGAGAAUGGAAUCUACAGGCCUCCCUCUGAAAAUACACUGCAGCGAAGCGUUCGCAACGCUUGUUGAUGCGUGUGAAAGUCCACGAUUCAUUCUGGAGAAACGCGGCUGGGUUGACGUCAAAGGGAAAGGAGACAUGUUGACGUUUUGGCUGCUGGGUCAAGUUCAUCCGACUCCGCCAUGUCCGUCGUAUCCCGACCCGAAAUAGGGCACAUGACGCUUAAGAAGUUACGUAACGUCGUCGACAUGACGGCAUCCACGCACACAUUUUAAUACAUAUUAAUGUAAUUGUGUAUAACCCAAAGGGUAGAUUUUAGCCAAAUUCAACAUACUUUUACAUGUUCCUAAGAAGUGUUGUAUUAAAUCAUGCAUAUGUACAUAUAUUUAUUCAUUUACUGGGACUAACAACAACUGAUAUAUUUUAAAUAAAACUGUUUAAACAUCAA